UGCGUUAGUGGUAUCCAUGGAAACAGGAUACUCGUCUACUGUUAGCAACAGCGGCUAGCAAAAAUAAAAACUGCAUCUGUUUCAUUUCUGGUCAGAUUUUUUAUUUAAAUUUCAACUAAAUUAGAAUGCAAACAAAGCUGAGUUCAGAAGUGAGCUCUGCAGAUGGAGAACAGGCUGAAAAAAACGCGGGAAAUGUGUCAGAAGAAGCUCAGAGGACACCUGAGAAUGUUCCAGAAAACAUCUCCAAAGAUCUCAAUGUGACUGAAACACCAUCAGGUCCCAGAAUAACGAGGGCGUUUUUAAGGGACCACUGCAAGCGGAACAAGCUGUACCUGACGCCCAGGUUAAACGACACACUCUACCUUCACUACAAAGGUUUCAGGGUAAUCGAGGGGCUGGAGGAGUACACGGGCCUGCGCUGUCUCUGGCUCGAGUGCAACGGCAUCAACAAGAUCCAGAACCUGCAGAACCAGACAGAACUGCGCUGCCUCUUCAUCCACCAGAACCUCAUUCACACCCUCGAGAACCUGGAACCGCUCGCCAAACUCAGCACGCUCAACGUGUCCAACAACUACAUCAGGGUCAUCCAGAACAUCUCCUGCCUGAGCGAGCUGUCCACACUCCAGAUUUCCCAUAAUGCACUGGAGAGCGUGAGCGACGUGCAGGAGCUGUGUCACUGUCCCUCCAUCAGUGUCCUGGACCUGUCACAUAACCGGCUCAACGACCCGGAAAUCCUCACUGUACUGGAGAAGAUGCCCAAUCUGAGAGUGCUAAACCUCAUGGGUAACGAAGUCGUCAAGAAAAUUCCCAACUACAGGAAGUCGCUAAUCGUUCGUCUGAAGGUGCUCACGUACCUGGACGACCGUCCUGUGUUUCCUAAGGAGAGGGCCUGUGCAGAGGCUUGGGCCGUGGGAGGUUUGGAAGGAGAACGUAAAGAAAGGGAAAUAUGGCAAACCAGAGAGAGGAGAAAGAUUCAGGAGAGCCUGGACGCCAUGAGACUUAUCAAAGAAAAUGCGCUGAAGCAAAGACAAGCUCGAGAGCAGCAGCAGGAGAACGGAAUCUCUAAGCCUGUAGAAGAUCAGAACGUGUCCGGUGAAGACCUCGAGCAGACCGAGCAGGAGCAGAAGGAGUCAGUCGUAUCAGAGGAGCAGGACGUACAGAUUGCAGAGGAGACGCUCCGGUCAGACCCAGAGACGGACCCGGUUCCAUCCUCAGCUUCAGAUGUUAAGCAGAUGCACCAAUCGGGUUUAGAGAUUCUCCAGUCAGAGUCAGACACCAACGACGGUCUGCAACAAGCGUCCUACGUAGAAGAGGUUCAUCCUCCAGAUCUCCCUGAGAAGUCAGGACAAGAGCAACAUCACGUAACAUCAAAGAGGAAUCAGAAGAGCAAACAUGAAGCACCAUCAUGGUCUGAAGCUGAAGAUCUGCUCCCAGUAUCUGGCACACAGGGUCCUGUCACUGAACUCAUCCCAGACGAUGAAAUAGAGACCAUCAUCCUAUCAGACGUUCCAUCACUCACCAUCAGCGAUCUUCCUGAUCUGGAUGAUCCGGACACCGUCAACAUAGAAACAGCACCUCAGGUGUUCCGUCCAAAAAUCGAGGUGAUCUCAGGCAGCGAGAGUGACUCAGAACCGGAAGGAACGUCUCCUGUUUUCUCGCUCUUUGGUAAAGUUUCUACCAAAAACACAUCCAGCAGAAACGAGAGUCUGAUUUUCACCAAUCAGAGAGCAGCAGUGACGGAUCCCCAAGCAGACGAUGAGCAACGCGUGACAGAAGGAAAGCAAAAAAAAUGCCUGAUUGAGGAGCUGGACUGAUGUUUAUUAACUAAAGUGUUUCGUGAGUAAUAUUUAAAGGUAUAAAGGUGUGAUAGUGUGUUUCUAUAGAAAUGAAAACCCAAACGGCGGAUAAAUAAGUAUUCUUUUAUGACAAAUCACCAUGAAUAGCUUGAA